CCAUUUUGUUGAUGCAACCUUGAUCUCUUCCGGUUCUUCCUGUCAUUGUGCGGCUUUGAUACAACCGCCAGGUUCCCAAGUUAUUGAAGAAAGACCUGAAAAAAAAACUGAUUUAGAGGAACUGCUAACGGACGUGCUGUAGUAAGCUAAAAUGUACAGAGAUCGAAGCAGGAAUCGCGGCAGGCCAAGGUCCAAUGAUCGUGGUCCGAGGGGUGGAGGAGGAAGAGGAUUUGGUGGUGGUGGUGGAGGGGGAUUUGGAGCAAGCAGCCUCAAAGGAAAGCAGCCUGGUGAAAGAUUAAGACGGCCAAGAUGGGACAUGUCAGCACUACCGCCAUUCAGGAAAGAUUUUUAUGUACCACAUCCAAAUGUGUUAAACAGAAGCCCUCAAGAAGUUGCACGGUACCGUGCAAGUAAGGAAAUAACUGUCAAGGGAAAUGCUGUUCCAGAUCCAGCUUUAACUUUUGAAGAAGGAAAUUUCCCAGAUUAUGUUAUGAACGAAGUUAGACGGCAAGGUUUUGAAGAACCCACUGCCAUACAAGCACAAGGAUGGCCCAUUGCUCUUAGUGGAAGAGACAUGGUUGGAAUAGCACAAACCGGUUCUGGGAAGACACUAGCGUACAUUUUCCCAGCAAUUGUCCAUAUCAAUCAUCAACCACGAUUACAAAGAGGUGAUGGCCCUAUUGCACUAGUGUUGGCUCCCACUAGAGAACUGGCACAGCAGAUUCAACAGGUUGCCUCAGAGUUUGGUGCUUCAUCUCUUGUAAGAAACACUUGUAUCUUCGGAGGUGCGCCAAAAGGACCACAGGCAAGGGACUUGGAACGUGGUGUUGAAAUAGUGAUUGCAACACCAGGACGUCUGAUAGACUUUCUGGAGAGAGGGACAACGAAUUUACGUCGUUGCACAUAUUUGGUUUUGGAUGAAGCUGAUCGUAUGCUUGAUAUGGGCUUUGAACCACAGAUACGGAAGAUAAUUGAGCAGAUUAGGCCUGACCGACAAGUCCUGAUGUGGUCAGCAACGUGGCCAAAAGAAGUUCGUAACCUGGCAGAAGAGUUCUUAACAGACUACAUCCAGAUAAAUAUCGGCUCUCUGCAAUUAUCUGCCAAUCACAAUAUCCUUCAGAUUAUUGAUGUAUGUCAGGAGCAUGAGAAAGAAGCAAAGUUAAUGAAGUUGCUGUCAGAAAUAGCUGCUGAACCAGACAGCAAAACCAUAAUAUUUGUAGAGACUAAAAGGAAGGUGGAUGAUAUAACAAGAAGCAUUGUUCGUUAUGGAUGGCCAGCUAAAAGUAUUCAUGGAGAUAAAUCACAGCAGGAGAGAGAUUAUGUAUUAGCAGAAUUUCGAAAUGGGAAGGCAGCAAUUUUGGUUGCCACAGAUGUUGCUGCCCGUGGUUUGGAUGUUGAAGAUGUCAAGUUUGUCAUCAACUUUGACUAUCCUCAGAGUUCAGAGGAUUAUGUCCACAGGAUAGGGCGAACUGGACGAUCAGAUAAGACAGGAACAGCGUAUGCAUUUUUCACACCAAGUAAUGCAAAGCAAGCAGGUGAUCUAAUUUCUGUGCUAAAAGAAGCCAAUCAAGUAGUGAAUCCAAAGUUACAGGAAAUGGCCUCUAUUGGAGGUGGAUUUGGAGGAAGAGGAAGAAACCGAUGGAGCAGUGGUCGUGGUGGAGGAGACAGAGGGCGUGACAGAGGUAGAGACCGUGAUGCAGACAGAGGUGGUCGUGAUAGAGGCAAUGAUCGGAGUGGAAGUAGGUGGGGUGACGGAGAUCGCGGGGGUGGCAGGCGAACCCGCUUUUCUGACAGAGACAGAAGUGAUUUCAGUAGGGACAGCUCUCAGAAUGCAAACUUUGAACCACUUGGUGGAGGGGGAGGCAGUCGUCCAGGUUUGGGUUCUGCUAAUAGUCCAAGAGGUCUGGGCUCGGGAAGUACCAUCCAGGGAGGACUCGGUUUGCAGAAUAUCCCAAGCAGUAGUGGUUUAGGUGGUGGAUUAGGAAGCCAGAGGCCAGCUCCUGUGAAUCAUGAUACUGGUGGUCCAGGAUUUGGAGGACUUGGCAAUCAGAGAACUGGUCCUGCCAGUGGUAGGGCCGGUCUGUUACAAAAUCCUGAUUUCUCUCAGGGUGGUGGCCGCAGCAUUCUUAAUCCCGACUUUCAGCAUGCUGGGAAUAGACGUUCUAGUAACACUGAUUUUCCACCUGAAGGGAACAGAAGCAUGCUGAAUUCAGAUUUUCAGCAAGGCGGUAACAGGAAUAUUGCAAAUGCAGAUUUUCAGCAAGGUCCUAACAGAGGCCCACCAAAUUCAAAUUUCCAGCAAAGUGGUAACAGGGGACCCUCAAACCAAGACUUCCAGCCAGGAGGGAAUAGGGGAAUGCAGAAUUCGAGUUUUCCUCCGGGUGGCAACAGAGCGGGCCAGAACCCUGACUUCCAACCUGUUGGAAACAGAGGCCCACCUAAUCCUGAUUUUCAGCAUGGAGGAAGUCGUCCGCCCAAUGAAUACCAGGCGGGAGGAAAUCGUGGGCUGCAAGAUUUCAACCAGCCGCAUGUUGGAAGCUCUGCCAGGGGACCACCUCACAGCUUCCCACACAAUGAUGAUGUCAGCAGGGGGCCUCGCGGUAGAGCUGGAGAUGGGCAACUGUCAGGGCCAAGCAGGGGUGGUCAGCCUCUUCUCAAUAACCCACCGUCAUUGUUAUCAAUGAACUUAGCUAAACCACCACCUCCACCACCAGCACCUGCAGGAAAAGCAGGUGGUCCACCAGCACAGAUGCCAUACAUGAAUAAAGGGUCAUCUGCAUAUGGUGGUAUGAGCAAUAGUGGGAAUUUCAAUCACUACCAACAGAAUCCACAGUCACGUAAUACACAAAAUGGUUUUGGCUACCAAAGGAAUUAAACUGGAUUCUUAAUAUUUGUGUAAUAAUUUCAAAACAUUGUCACAAUUUAAUUUGUGUAGUUUGUCACUGUGAUAGUGUGAAUGGAGCAAGGAAGCUGCACAUCACCUUCAUCACAAUCUUAAUAGAAUUGUUUAGCACAUGACUGUGCAUCCAUUAUAAUCUCAUAUUUAUCAUGAUUUAAUGCAUAUUGACCACUACUUGUGCAUUGUAAGCUGUCUGGUUCUGUGUGAGGCUUCAUAGUUUCUUGUAUUAAAAUGGAUUUGUUUCGUCCUAGCUGUUGUAACUUAAGACGACAUUACCUGGUUGUAAAGCAUGGUGCUUAAUGACAAUGCAUGGUUUUGAUUAAACAAAUUUGUGUUUGCAGAUCGAUUUCUGCUCAGACAUGUGCAAGCUCAUAUUACUUGCUAUUGUUGCACCUUGACCAUGCAGUGAAUAGUAGAAAUGAGUAAUUCUCAUGUACAGAUGAGAUUGUUCAGCAGAUGUGCUUCUUACAAAUUUUUAAGAAGCUGUCUUAAUGGCACAGCUGUAGUUAAAUUGGGCAGGCAUAUUGGGAUUAUUAAAAUAUAAAUCAUACUGUCUAUCUUAUCUGACAGCUGUUGACAUUCCCAUUCACAACUUCAUGAAUUUUUCGUAAUUUAUAAAUGUGAAAGUUAAUUAUUUUGUGUUCUGUUGAAAAAGUCAUGUGAAUUUUUGUUCAGAAUUUUGUACGUUCAGUAUUUUAUGUUUGUAUAUUUUUAAUAGUUGUGCUUGAAAACAAUUUCACACUGAUGGAAAUAAAUAUUGUGACAGGUGUGAAUUUUUAAAGCAUUACCAGUGCUACUUGCACACACAACCUUUCUCAAUGUUAAUUGGCACAAGAAAAAAAUGUGCAGUAAUGUAAAAUUCAUACAUGUGAAUAAAAUUAUAAACAGUC